AUGGGACAGCGCCUGAUCUGCUGCCUCGAUGCGCCCAGCGCCCUGCAGCCGCCGCCGCUCCUCCCGGUGAGACGGAAACUCCUGCUGCUCUGCAUCAUGCUCUUCCUUUGGCUCUACAUGUUCUACUCGUGCGCCGGCUCUUGCGCCUCAGUGCCCGGCCUCGCGGGGAGGCCCGCUGCCGGGGCUGGGGAGGCUGCCGCCACCGCUGGAGCGCACGGAGAGGGUCUCCAGGUGCUUUCCAAGUUGCUGCGCCGGGCGCCUUCCGGAGGAGCCAAGGGGCUGGCGGGUUCCGCCGCGGCUUCCCCCUCGGAGCCGCGAGAGGAGCAGAGCGCGGCCCCCGACCCCACCAGCCCCAUCUCCAGCUUCUUCAACGGCUCCGGCACCAAGAAGCUGCCGCAGGCCAUCAUCAUCGGGGUGAAGAAGGGCGGCACGCGGGCGCUGCUGGAGUUCCUGCGGGUGCACCCCGACAUCCGGGCCGUGGGGGCCGAGCCCCACUUCUUCGACCGCAACUACGAGCAGGGCUUCGCCUGGUACAGAGACCUGAUGCCCAGAACCCUGGAUGGACAGAUCACCAUGGAGAAAACCCCUAGCUACUUCGUCACCAAGGAAGCACCUGCUCGAAUCUCUGCCAUGUCGAAGGGCACCAAGCUCAUCGUGGUGGUGCGGGAUCCCGUGACCCGAGCCAUCUCCGAUUACACGCAGACUCUCUCGAAGAAGCCCGAUAUCCCCACCUUUGAGAGCCUGACCUUCAAAAACAGGACUACAGGCCUGAUCGACACCUCGUGGAGCGCCAUCCAGAUCGGCAUCUACGCCAAGCACCUGGAGAACUGGCUCCUCUACUUCCCCAUUGGGCAGAUCCUCUUCGUCAGCGGGGAGAGGCUGAUCAGCGACCCUGCCGGGGAGCUGGGCAGGGUCCAGGACUUUCUGGGCCUUAAGAGGAUCAUCACGGACAAACACUUCUACUUCAACAAAACCAAGGGCUUCCCCUGCCUGAAGAAAGCUGAAGGCAGCAGCAAACCCCACUGCCUGGGGAAAACGAAAGGCAGGACCCACCCCAAUAUAGACAGGGAGGUGGUGCAGAGACUGCGGGAGUUCUACAGGCCUUUCAACAUGAAGUUCUACCAGAUGACUGGGCACGACUUCGGCUGGGACUGA